GAGACAACUCCUACUUUCCGUAAGAUUUUGAUUGGCUUUCCAAAGAGGCAGUGUCCUUUAAAUUGCCCUGGCAUUGCUGCUCCUGCUCUGUUACCAGCUGCUGGGAAGCAGAUUUAAAGGAGAAAGAUGCCAAUUGUGAAAAGCGUGAGCAGAGCAGUGAACCAGCUGCUUCAAAGCUCUGGCUGUGGAUGUGGGAUUUCCAUCGUGCCCGUGCGAUGCCUUGGGAUCUCACCCCGCCAGGUGACCUCUGAUGCCAGCUUUCAUUCGGUGUCUUUUUCGGAGUCGGAUCAUCCUCGGGUGCUAAUUACAGGGGGUCUUGGCCAACUUGGCGUAGGACUCGCUAAACUUCUGAGGAAACGUUUUGGAAAGAACAAUGUGAUCUUGUCUGACAUUAGAAAGCCUGCAGAUAAUGUUUUUUAUAGUGGUCCUUUUAUCUAUUCGGAUAUCCUGGACUACAAGAAUUUACGCGAAAUAGUGGUGAAUAACCGAAUAACUUGGUUGUUCCAUUAUAGUGCUUUGCUCAGCGCUGUUGGAGAAGCUAAUGUCCCUCUGGCCAGAGCUGUAAAUAUUACUGGUUUGCACAAUGUUCUGGAUAUUGCAGCUGAGCACAAUUUGCGACUCUUUGUUCCCAGCACAAUUGGAGCCUUUGGACCCACCUCUCCUCGAGAUCCAACUCCUGAUCUCUGCAUCCAGAGACCAAGGACAAUCUAUGGAGUCUCUAAGGUGCACGCUGAGCUCAUGGGAGAAUAUUACCAUUACCGAUACGGCCUAGACUUUCGAUGCCUGAGGUAUCCAGGAAUUAUAUCUGCUGACUCUCAACCUGGAGGGGGCACAACUGAUUAUGCUGUCCAGAUUUUCCAUGAUGCCAUAAAAACUGGCAAAUUCCAGUGCAACCUAAAGCCAGACACCCGUCUCCCUAUGAUGUAUAUCGAUGACUGCCUGAAGGCAACUCUAGAAGUCAUGGAGGCCCCUGCUGAGGCACUGAGCAUGAGGACAUACAACAUCAGUGCAAUGAGCUUCACUCCAGAAGAGCUGGCCCAGGAGGUGCAGAAGCACAUUCCUGAACUGCAGGUGACCUACAGCGUGGAUGCAGUCAGACAGGCCAUAGCUGACAGCUGGCCAAUGAACUUUGAUGACAGCAACGCCCGGAAAGAUUGGGGGUGGAAACAUGAUUACGACCUCCCUGAAUUGGUGACUACAAUGUUUAGCUUCCUUGGAUCUGACUCCAGGAUUGCUCAAGCUAACUGAAAUACUUUGUAAGAUGUUUCCACAUUUCCACAGAGGACCAGGAAGAAAUGGCUAAAUUAGUUUAUAGUCUUCUGAGUCUUACAGCAUGUCAAUUAUCACUUUUUUUCCAUAAGUAACAAUAGAGUUGGACAGAAAAAUAUUGUAGCUGGCAUUUACUACUCAUAGCUAAGUUAGAUAAAACAAGUCACUUGGUACCAUUUCUGACAAUAGCACCGAUGACAAGCACGGAGAUCUCAAACUUUCACACUUCAAUAGCUAGAAAAAAAGAAACCACAUACUCCUGCCUGAUGACUUUCCAAUCAUUCCUAUUGCUUGGUGGUCCUUUAGCAAAGGACAUGGGCAAUAUUGUCAACCUGGCUGUUUUGAGCGUAUUAUACAGAGUUAACAAUAUGUGUUUUGCUUUCUUAGUGAAAGUUAUGUCGUACUAAGACAGCAUUAUUUCUUCUUCCUUUGCCUACAGCUGAGAGAUUAGAAAUACUUCACGUUUCAAAAUUGCAGGGAUUGUUGCAAUUUUAGUUUGAAAUGAGACUGUAGUUAAUAGUUCCUAUAUACAUACACACGCAGUGCUAUAUAAACCUACACUUGCCUAUAUGUAAGGCRUAAAAUGUGGCAUUAUUCUUUUGAGGCCUAUAAAUGUGAAGGGAAUUAGGACUUGAAUUCUCACAGUGCUUCAAAAAUACCAGGGUAUACAAGCUAAGUUUUGUCCUGUUCUUUGAAAAUGCUGCUGCCUUCAGUUUAACCUUAGAGAUAGGUUUGUACAUGCAAAUCCAGGGCGUAAUUCCAGGCCUGGGAAUUGGGUUAUUGUUAAUUUUUGCCUUUGUUUUCCCAGUUGUUUGUCGUCCUGCAUGAUCAUACACUGCCUGGAACAAAUUUUGAAGGUGGGCUGAUUAAGGUAGACUUACAGUAGAGUCGUGUCAGCCUUUGAAACCAUUCGUGUUCACUACAUUCACUAUAUUUUUUUCAUGUGCGCUGUAUGUAUAUUUUUAGAUAUGUGUAUGCAACUGUUAUAUGUUUUAAUCCUUUAGAGAAGAAUCCAGAAGCAAAAACUGUUAUCUUCUUAUAUUUAUUUAUUUCAGGGUUUUAAUGGCAGCCUUUUCUGCCAUUCUUGUCUGGCUUCAUCACAUAAAAACAAAAGCUCAAGCUGUUGACUUUAAUGUGAAAGAUUGAUUGUUGUUUAGAGCCAAGGGGCCUAAAUUACUGAUGUCCCUCCACUCCCCUCCCUAUAGAAUGAUGGGGAGUUCUCAAUCUUUUCCUAGUAGUUUCUAGUUACAGUUAAAGAUUAUUCCACUCGUUUGAGUUUCAUGCACAGGAGAUCUAGGGAUAAUUAAGAGAGUCUUAGGAGAUGCAGAUAAAUAAGAUGCCUACUCAGAGGCUGCUGCAGAGACUUGGAGAACAAGAAAUGACAACCUAGAGAUUCAGGAGAGCCAUUUUUACAUAAAAUUAUUGAUUUCUGUGGUGUAAAUCUGGGCUAUAUUACUGUAGUAAUAUCAUGCUUUGAUAAAUGGCAUCUGGGAACUUUUACUACUUUUUUAUUAUUUUCAGGGAAAAAUGUAAUUCACUUUCAGAAUAACUUCACGUAAGGAAUUUCCAGUUAUGAAUAUCAAUUUUUUUUUGUCUUGGAUACUCCAGCGAAUCUUGUGGAUUCACAGUGAAUCUCAUUCUCAAAUAUUUUCUUGUCUACAUCUCGUUCACUGUGUUUUCUGUGAACAGCUCUUCACUGUUAAGCUCUCUGUAACCCCUGCAUGAUCUGAUCUUUGCCUCUUUGUGAGGAAAUCCACUGCAUUCUGCAUGGAAUGUGUCUUCUCAUGAAAGCAACCCUCAAAUGACGACUCUGUGGUGAAACGCUAUUAUUUUAAGCAUUUGUUGAACUUUUAUUUCUUGAUUUUUGUAUGUAUCUCAUACUGUUUAAUCUAUUGAAAUAUGGAUUUUCCAGUUAUUUAAGCUUAAUCUCAAGGGAUGUGGCCCAAUUUGAAACUUUUUUUACAGUGUUUACAUUUCUUAAGAGUCUUUUUUUUUUAAUGGUGGCCACUGUGGUAGUUUUCACAUUGUUCACAUGYAAUAUUUGGCCCAGUGGGCCAGCAAAAUUGGUCUCAAUCACACCCUACAAGAAAAGACUGGCUCAGAUUUUGUCCUCUGCCAAAACAGGAUUAUCUUCUACUAAACUGUUAGCUUGAGACAUCAAAUGAAGGCUUUGUUACGAUCACAAAUGUCUUGUCUAUUCCAGUCUGUCAUGAUUCACUCUCCUUAUACACAUAUUCUCAAUAUGUAUAUUGAUGUAUAUAUACACCCACUCUUUGCAUUUAGUAUAUAUGCAUAGAUUUGUUGGUGGAACUGACUUCAUUUCCCUGAU